AUGGCUUCCACAGAACAACUGUUUAACGCCAUGCUGAGGAGCGACACUGUCAAGGACAGCCUCUUCCAACACCUCACCACAUCCGACAUCUGUGCCAUUCGCGAGGCUUCAUCAGCCUGCUGCAACCUCGUCACCAAGCGUCUCUUCACCCGCAUCCAUGUCACCUUCACAGCUUCCACUUUCACCCGGCCCUCGCGCAUCGCUGCCCUGGGCCGGAUUGGGCAUCACAUCGAGCACUUGACAUUUCACUUUGCCCACUCCGAGGCCACGUUUCUGCCGCCGCUGAUCCAUCCGCUGACAGGCGAUGAGAUUGCUUUUUUGUACAAGCCUCACACCAGCAUGGGAUCGGCGCUGACUCGCCCCAAGUACGCCAACACGGAGCUGGGAGAGAUUCUGACGCAGCAGUAUCCUCCGUUGUUCCACGCGGCCACCAACGUCCCCAGCUUUAUCUAUGCUAUUGGCCAUAUCCCCAACAUGAGGCACCUGACCAUUCGUUGUCCCGGCCAGGACCCCAGGGAACGGUAUAGGAGGGAUAUUGUGGACUAUGCCCUCAUCAGCCUGCGGAUUGCUAUCGAGCGAGCGCCGAUGACAAAGCUUCACAAGCUGUCUCUGUCAUCUCUCCACCCUUCUGCCUUCAACUAUCUCAGAUACAUCAAUGGGAUUGGAAGCGUGCCCUCUGCGAGCCGUAGGUGGCAGCAGAUCACCAAGCUGCACAUCUCGGUGGAAGCCUGGGACUUUUAUGGCCCAUCUCCCGGCCUGGACCAUCUUAAAGUCAUUGAUGACUACAUCCGCAACUUUUCCCAAGGACUAGAGAAGUUUACGUUUGCCUGGAUUGGUGCCAAAGGACCGUGUCCCAUUGCUCUAUCUGCUGAUCCUCUCUUCGCGCCGCCUCGCAGCACUAAGAAGCUAUUCCAUGAAGUCACUUCUCCCAUGUCGCCUCUCCCAACCCGGCCUCCCCGUUGUCCCAUCCACUUUCCUAAGCUGCGCUAUCUGCAGAUUCGUAAUGCCACCAUGAACUCUCCCCAGCUCAAGGGCUUAAUCGCGUCCCACCAAAAGACUGUCAAGCAAUUUGGGUUCGAGAGCGUCGUCCUCACCAAUAAUGGUAGCUGGGACGAAGCUCUGGCGCCCGUGGACGGCGACAACAAUUGGUCUCGAAGCAGCUUCGCGGCGCCUUCGGAGUUUUCUGUUAUAACCAGCACAAGUGAUGAGGAGCUGCCUAGUCCCAGUGCGGCGGUCGCAGCUGCUAGCAGAGAGCUGAUGGAUUUCGACCUGAGCGGUCUCACUCUGAGCGACGAUGACAGAGAUGUAGCUCAAGACUUUACAAACAACUUUUCUGGACCGAGAGAAUCUGAUCUGAGUGUCUCUACCAAGCUCACGCGAAAGCGUGUUCGGCGCCACCAUAGGAAACACUCUAAGACGGAGAGUAAAGAGCAAGCCCCUGAGUAUCAAUCUCCUCUAUCGCCUCCAUGCCAUAAGCCGUCCAAGCUUCGUCUUAAGCUAUCUUUUGGAUCCUCCAGCGAAAUUGCCUAUUCUGCCAUCCCUGAGCCGCUGUCCAUAUUCACGCCGCCCAUCAUGACAUCGGAGCCCCAGCCGGUCCUCCUCCAGCCCACCAUCUAUUCUCCCUCCGCCCAUCGCCAGGUUGGCCCUGACGAGGGCAUCUCCACUGUACAACGCAAUCUGGAACAAGAAAUGGCGCACCGUCUGUUUGCCGAGGACGCGGACGCCAGAGCAAGCGCCUUACACAAGGCCAAGGAAGCAGUGCUGGCGAAGCUCAGCAAGGAGUUUUACAGCAAGAAGGAUAGAAUCGCGGAUGCGGUAUCCGUGUGUCGAUAUAUGGGUGUUCGAGAGAUUAGCGGGUGCAGCAGAGAGAUGGUGAUGGAGGACUGGAGGGGGUUGGAGAGCAGGAGUGCGUUGGUGCCCUUAAUGUUUAGUCGAACUUAG